CCGGGGCGGCGCGGAGCCAAGGACAGCAGGCAGAGGCGGGCCUGGCCAGAGGGACCAGGCGGACGCCGCGGGGAAGGGGCUCCCCGGGCCCCUCCGGCUGCCCACCCGCCAGGCGGGGCGCCAUGUUCCUGAGCGCGGGGGAGGGGCCGGCGCCCGAGGCGGGGCCGGGCGAGGAAGCCCCCCGGAAGCGGCGCCAGCGCACGACCUUCACGGCGCACCAGCUGCACCAGCUGGAGCGGGCCUUCCCCGACGUGUGCAGCCGCGAGGAGCUGGCGGCCGAGGUGCACCUGCCCGAGGUGCGUGUGCAGGUGUGGCUCCAGAACCGCCGAACCAAGUGGUACCGCCAAGAGCGCCUGGAGUCCGGCUCCGGAGCCGUGGCAGCCCCGAGGCCCCCCGAGGCCCCAGCACUGCAGUUCGCCCGGCCCCCCGCCGCACUGCUGCCCUCCGAGCCCUGGCUGGGUCCCGCGCCCGCGGCCAUGCCGGGUCUGCCCCGCCUGCUGGGCCCCGGCCUGGGGCUGCAGGUGCCGCUGGGGGCGCACGCCCUGGGGCCAGGCCUGGUGGACGGCUUCGCGCUGGAGGAGGCGUCCCUGAGGCUGCUGGCCAAGGAGCACGCGCAGGCGCUGGACAGGGCCUGGCCGCCGGCCUGAAGCGGGCGCCCCGGGGACAGCAGCCGUAGGCAAGCCCUCCCCCACCCCGGCAGAGGGGACCCAAGCGGUGGGCUCCUGCCGUGGCCGGGACCCCGGACCCCUCUGCUUCUCGCCCCCGCUCAGGGCCGCCCCCCAUGUGCCCGCCCCAGCCCAGCCCUUGGGCAGCUGUGUGCGGCGGGCUCGCUCCCUAGCGGAGAAACAGGCCAGGGCCGGCGCGCGGCGGUCGCAGGCGGCCAGACGCGGUAAUCGGCGCCGCCUCCCCAAGAGGAGGACGCGGCCGCGGGGGUCUCAUCCGCCAGGGCCACCUGCGCUUGGCCCCGCCCCCCGCCAGGGGACCGCCCCCCGGGGGCUCCAGGCCCUCAGGACCCCGCCCCCGCCCCACGUCCCCGACUGGAGGGGCU